AUGGAUCCCGUCCUUAUUGUCGGUGCUGGCAUCGUCGGCCUGACGCUCGGCCAGGCGUUGAAGCUCAGAAACAUCCCCUUCGAGAUCUAUGAGCGCGAUGUGGAUCCCGAUGCUCGUGGUCAGGGGUGGGCCAUUACCCUGCAUUGGGCCCUGGACUAUAUGCACCAGAUGCUGCCGGAGGAUACGGUGAAGCGCAUCCAGGAUGUCCAGGUUGAUCCGGAUGUUGCGAGAAAUGAUAAUGGGAAUUUUCUGUUCAUCAAUCUUGAGACUGGUGAGCCGAGGUUCAAGAUUCCGCCCAGUGUGCGGUGGAGGGUGAAUCGGGAGAAGAUGCGGAAGGCAUUGCUGGUGGGGAUUGAGGAGCGGGUUCAUUGGGGACGCAGGGUUGUUGGGGUGGAAUUGUUGGAGGAGACGAAAGUGCAUUUGCGGUUUAUGGAUGAGACGAUUGUGGCCGGGCGCAUGGUUGUGGGUGCUGAGGGCAGUCGGUCGAUGGUUCGACAGGGUCUGAGGCCGGAUGCAUUCGACAACAUUCCUCUGGGAAUCAACUUUACCGGCGUGGCAGUUGACUUGUCCCCUGAUGAGAUCAAGCCGUUGCGCGAUAUGGAUCCACUGUUAUUCCAGGGCUGCCAUCCGCCGACGGGUGCGUUCUUCUGGUUCUCGAUGCUCGAAACGCCGCAGGUCAACCACACGGCGGGUACAGACGCCGAACGAUAUCGCGCCCAGAUUUGCAUGUCAUGGAGGGAAGAUUCACCGGACGAUAAAGUGGCCGACACCGACGAGGCUCGACUGGCCAACAUGAAACGACGCGCGAGGGGGUUCGUGCCAUUCUUGCAGCAAGCCGUCGAAAGGAUUCCGAAUGGGACGCCAGUUACUGAAAUCAAGCUAGCGGACUGGGAGUGUCUGCCGUGGGACAAUCACGACGGACGGGUGACGAUGGCGGGAGAUGCUGCCCACGCGAUGACUAUGUAUCGUGGAGAGGCAGCAAACCAUGGUUUGCUCGACGCUUUCAAUCUGGCGAAUGCCAUUGAGAAGGUGUAUGUUGGGGCCGAGUCUGCGGGUGCGGCGAUUGACGCGUUUGAGGAGGAGAUGAGGAAGCGGACAAGUCGAGCGGUGCGGUUGAGUCGACAGGCCUGCCGCGACGCACAUGACUGGGGCCGACUCGACGAGACAUCGGCCAUUUUGACGAAAAGAGCAAUUAAGGGGGAGUAG